AUGUGGGAUUCUUUGCGUACGGUGUUUGAUCCUCUUCCUUCGGCAUCGAGGAUAUCGAUUGAACAGAUGGUUACGCGGGUGUUUAAGCGGUGCGAGGCGGUGGUGGUAGUGAAUGCAACGAGCCUACUGAAGCUGCUCAAGCCUGUUAUUUCCCUUAUGGUUCCUGUCAGCAAUGAAAAGUUGUUUGUUUCUACAGACUUAUCUGCAUUAUAUAAAGUCGUUCCGGGCUCGCAGAUCCCUAGGCCGUACAACCCAGCAGCUGCUGCUGCAGUCAGCAGCAACCCACAGACGUUGCAACUGUAUGAACUGCUGAACGGUAGGGCGCAAGAGCUGCUGGGCAGGUCCCUGGUAAUUGAUUUGGCGGGAGAAGGGCCGAGCUCUAAGAAGGAAUUGGAGGCAGAAUCAUCUGUGGCAGCAGCAGCAGCAGCAGCAGCAGCAGAGGCAGCAGCAGCAGCAGCAGCAGCAGCGGCAGCAGCAGCAUCGCCCCUUGCAUCAACAGCGGAUGCAGAAGGGGAUGCUGAUGAUCUUUUUGAUGACAUUGAUUAA